GGAGAGAAACCAAACCCACUAGAACAGCAUUCAUUGCAUUGUAGGCCUGUAUGAAAUUACACAAUGUAUUAAACGUUGUGUCGCAGCCGCCAGGGAAAGUUAUGGUUAUCACUCGAGGAAGCUGCUUUUCCCGAAUUUGGCAACUCCCACCAAGGCAGGGAGAUGAAACCAGUAGCAAGCUUACACGCCGGCUCCUGUGUGACUCGUCACGGGUGUCUCCGCUUUAUCAGCACCGGUGCGGCCGGACAGUUCUCAGGCAUCAUUCAUUCCGAGCGGCGAGGUGCGGCACCAUGAGGCUACACCUGCUUCUCCUGUCCUGGGCGCUGGCCACUCUCUCGCCAGCCAGAGCCGAAGUCGAAGAUCCUUCUGCGGAUGCACAGGAAAAGGAAGAUGUCAAACCUGAUGAAAUUGCCGAAGAAAAGGGCAUUAUGGUCCUUCAUCAGGAUAAUUUCGCCAGGGCGCUGAGUGAAAACAAGUUCCUUCUUGUGGAGUUUUACGCGCCCUGGUGUGGACACUGCCAGGCGCUCGAACCCGAAUACGCCGAAGCCGCUGGCAUCCUGAAGACUGAGUCCAGCGACAUCAGGCUGGCGAAGGUGGAUGCCACCGAGCAGAAAGGGCUGGCCGAGGAGUUUCAGAUUAGUAGCUUUCCUAUCCUGAAACUCUUCAAAGACGGGGACAGGAAAACUCCCAUCGAAUUUACAGGGAAGAGGAAGGCCUUGGGGAUUGUCCAGUGGCUGAAACGGCGAACAGGGCCAGUUUCCACAGUUCUUGAGAGCGUGGCCAGUGCUCAGGACCUUAUCGAUGCAAAUAAUGUCACUGUUAUCGGUUUCUUUACAGACAUGGAGAGCGAGGACGUCAAGGCCUUCAACGAAACGGCUCUCGACAGAGCAGACAUCACAUUCGGUAUCACGAGUAGUCCUGACAUUUUCCAGAACUACGAGGUUUCCAAGAACAGAAUUGUAUUAUUCAAAAAGUUCGAUGAGAAACGUGCCGAUUUGGAAAUGCCAGAGGACGCACAGCUGAGUAAAGAAAUGGUGGACAGGUUUAUUAGGGUCAAUGCGCUUGAGCGCGUCGUCGAGUUCAACGAGCAGAACGCCCACAGGAUUUUCGAUGCGAAAAUAAACCAUCACUUACUGCUCUUCAUCAACAAGACCGUGGGGGAGCACCUCCAGCUGCUGGAGUCUUUCCGAGGGGUGGCGUCAGAGUUCACCGGCCAGGUGCUGUUCAUUCUGAUCGACGUCUCCCCCGACCACGAGCACGUGCUGAGCUACUUCGGGCUGAGCAGCCGGGACGCCCCCACCGUCCGCCUCGUCGACAUCGACACGGCGAAGAAGUACUCGCUGGGGGAGCAGGCCAUCACCGCCGAGAGCCUGAGCGCUCUGUGCCGGGGCGUGCUGGACAGGACAGUCAAGCCCCACCUCAUGAGCCAGGAAGUCCCAGAGGACUGGGAUAAGAAGCCCGUGAAGGUUCUGGUGGGCAAAAACUUUGAACAAGUGGCCUUCGCUGAAACCAAGAACGUCUUUGUAGAAUUCUAUGCCCCCUGGUGUGCCCACUGCAAAGAGCUGGCGCCCGUCUGGGAGCAGCUGGGAGAAAAAUACAAAGACCACGAGAACAUUAUCAUUGCCAAUAUGGACGCCACCGCCAACGACGUCGAGGGGCUCACCGUGUCUGGAUUCCCUACGAUCAAAUAUUUCCCAGCUGGCACAGAGAGAAAGAUUGUGGACUAUGAUGGCCGGCGAGAUCUGGAGACGUUUUCCAAAUUUCUGGAUAAUGGAGGUGAACUGCCUGAGGAGGAAGAAGAGGUCUCUGAGGAGUCUGAUACCACUACAGACAUACCAACACAAGCCAAUGAGACGUCAAAGGAUGAAUUAUGAUUUCUACUGCAUCUGAAUAAAACUGCUUAUUUAGCUCCUAUCUGUACCAAUACUCAUUCCAGCAAUAAGCCUGUUUCUUUUGUGGUAUUACAGUGUACAUCUCUCUUUUAAAUUGAUGAAUAUGUUUAGGACGUUUUUAAACAUACAUCCCAAGACUUGAGAUAAAAAGUGACAUUACUACUGUGUGAAAGCUGCACUGUGUUAGGUCGAACCAACCAAUUCUGUAAAACCUCUUACUUAUUUUUAUUUACUUUUUUAAAAUGUCACCAUUUGGUUAUAUAAAAUAAAAUGCAUUGUGCCAG